CCUGCCGCCCGCGCCGCUGCACCGGACAGGGAGGACCAUGGCGAAGGUGGAGCAGGUCCUGAGCCUCGAGCCACAGCACGAGCUCAAGUUCCGAGGUCCCUUCACUGAUGUCGUUACCACCAACCUAAAGCUUGGCAACCCAACAGACCGAAAUGUGUGUUUUAAAGUGAAGACCACAGCACCGCGCAGGUACUGCGUGCGGCCUAACAGUGGGGUCAUUGAUGCCGGGGCCUCUCUCAACGUGUCGGUGAUGCUGCAGCCUUUUGAUUAUGACCCCAAUGAGAAAAGUAAACACAAGUUUAUGGUUCAGUCUAUGUUUGCUCCACCUGAUACUUCUGAUAUGGAGGCAGUAUGGAAGGAGGCAAAGCCGGAAGACCUUAUGGAUUCAAAACUUAGAUGUGUGUUUGAAUUACCAGCAGAAAACGCUAAACCACACGAUGUAGAAAUAAAUAAAAUCACACCUACAAGUGCACCCAAGACAGAAGCACCGGCAGCUGCCAAGUCCCUGACGUCGUCCCUCGAUGACGCCGAAGUGAAGAAAGUGAUGGAAGAGUGCAAGCGGUUGCAGGGGGAGGUGCAGAGGCUGCGGGAGGAAGGCCGGCAGCUCAAGGAAGAAGACGGGCUCCGGGUGAGGAAGGCGCUGCAGAGCAACAGCCCCAUGGCAGCUCUGGCUGCCACCGGGAAGGAGGAAGGCCUCAGCGCCCGGCUGCUGGCUCUGGUGGUUUUGUUCUUUAUCGUUGGUGUCAUUAUAGGGAAGAUUGCUUUGUAGAGGCUGCAUGCGAAGGAUGGCAGAUUGGAUUGAUGGAUCCACAUCAUCAUGGGAUUUACAUUUAUCAUAACCAUGCGUAAAAAGAAAUUAAUGUAUGAUGACAUCUCACAGGUCUUGCCUUUAAAUACCCCUCCCCAUGCACACACAAAUGCACACACCAAUAUAGCAUAAUAUAAUGAUCUUUUAGAAUGUUAAAAAUGUAUAGUAAAUGGAUGGGGGAGAAUGGUCUGUUACUGAGGGACAUCGUGAUUAACCACAGUGGCAUAUUGCAGCUGUCACAUUAAACUCGGGUAGGCCUUGGCACAUGUUCCUAGAUCACCCCUCUUAAAGCAAGAAGCUCUCCCUCACAUGUUGGGGCUGGCCUGUGGGAGCAGGAGCCCUGCAAGGGAGGGUGUGCUGUCCCCUCCACAGCCUUCUCAUGCUGCCUAGUCUCUCCCAGGCAGCUUCCCCAGGCCUGCUGUUCUGUCCAAGCCAUCGGCUCCUCAGGCAUGCAGAGCUACAGAAGCCAAAACACAUUGCAUGGUGGCCACUUCUUGUGUCCCUGUAGGUCAUGAGUGAGAGACAUGAGUGGACCGACCGACCCAACACUUAGAAAUCAAGUCUGUGCUCUGUUCUCUUAAAGGGACCAAGCUAAAUUACUGUUGGUUCAUGUAGUGACACUGAGCUGUUACAGAGACGCAUAAUGCAUAUUUAACUUAUUUAAUGUAUUUCAUCUCAUGUGUCCCUACUGUCACCAGGGCGUAGGCAGUGCUAUGGCUUGUAUGUCACCUGUGUUGCAGAGUACCGACAGGGGAUUGUGCUGCUGUGGCUUCGUGCCUCUGGAGGUCCAAGGGAUGGGGAGAGUCUGAGUCAGGAGACAGCUGCCAGGAAGUGUUUUGUUGUAGGUCAGUAACAGCUGUCCUGAGGAGGGACAGUCUUUGUAGUGACAGUCAGCUCUGGUUACCCAGUCUUCUAGAUAGUUCUCCCCUCACUCUCUGCUACUACUCGUCCUUCUAGAACAUAGGCCACGUCUGUCCUGCCCUUCUCAGGACGAAUGACUCAGGCUGCAGGAGGGUGAGGGGCACGGAGGUGAGGGGGGGAGAGCCUCCACACAUCCGGGUAAUGAAGAGUCUUGACUGGGAAGUAAUUUCAUGCCGUAAAAGACCAAUCCAGUUCUGCUCGACUAUGUAGCAUCUUAAAAGAAGAAAUUAAAAUAAAGCCCCAAAUUAAGAGUUCUUU